UUCGAUUGCCGGAGUCGGGACACUCCGCCAUUGUUGACAGUUUUAUGCGGCAAGCCACCGCUGUAUACUCUUUCUCUGAUGGUCAUGGCACAAGGAGACACAAUUACACCUAGGCUACCCAGAAUUAUUCUUGCUGCUAGUGGAAGUGUUGCUGCAAAUAAGUUUGGAAAACUAUGUCAUUACUUUUCUAAAUGGGCCGAAGUUAAAGCAGUGAUCACUGAUUGUGCCUAUCACUUUCUGGACACCUCAACAAUUCCAGAGGAUAUUGAUUUGUACAGAGAUGAUGAUGAUUGGGAUUGGAACAUGUUAGGUGACAAAAUUCUGCACAUUGAACUUUGUAGGUGGGCUGACAUCUUGGUUAUUGCUCCCCUUUCAGCAAAUACUCUUGCCAAGAUUGCAGGGGGAUUAUGUGACAAUCUACUCACAUGCGUUGUCCGAGCAUGGGACUAUGACAAACCGUUUUUUAUUGCCCCGGCUAUGAACACAUUGACGUGGAAAAAUUCAUUCACGGAGACUCAUCUUAUGGCAGUCGAUGAGCUCGGUGUUACUUUGAUUCCUCCGGUUACUAAGAAGCGGGCUUGUGGAGAUUAUGGAAAUGGCGCUAUGGCUAAAUCAUCCAUCAUUAACAUGACCGUACAGUCGUUCGUGGAGUUGCAACCACUGCCUGCUGGCUCAAAUGUGUAGUUUGUGUAGUUUGAUUCCUCCGGUUUAAUCUCUUUCGGCAGGUCAAUUCUUCUUGUAUAUUGUAGGUGGUCAGGUUGUGUAAAUGUAUUGGUUCCUUGGCAUUGGGUGUUCCGAUCAAACAUCCAUUCUUCUUGGAGAUGUCAUAGUUACUUCAGAAAUGGUCACUUUAAAGCAUAGUAAAUAUGUAGAAAUAUAUGGUAUAAAUGAAUAUGGAAGGGGGAAUAGGAAAUAUUACUUUAGAAAUAUAUGGUCUGCAAAUUCCUGAAAAAUUGAAUCGGUGUAGAAGAAUAUGUUCCACAGGACUAUGCAAGCUUGUGGAAAUAAGAAUGUAAGUAAUCACCAACAUUUUUAGUAAAACUUAGAAUCAAACAUUUAAAAUGGAAAGCAUUACCCUUAAAUAGCAAUGCAGGUUCUCCAGCCUUUCUCUUCUGAGUUCACCAUUGAAGACUACACCCCAAGUCACCAGUAGCAAAUUUUAUGAAACACGCUCAUCCUAUCCAAUGUAUUGUGACAGCUGCAUACAUACCAACAAAAAAAGAGAUAGACGCAAAGACAAAACACAAGAUAAUAGUAAUGAUAGGAUGAGACAUAGUGUGGCAAAAUACAAAUAGCAGCAAUGACAUAACAUAAGACAACAACACUGACAGAAUAUAAACAGCAACAUUUACAAGACAAUGAGACACCAGCAAUAAACAACACAACUCAUUCAUAGGGAUUCAUUUAGAGAAGGUCUAUGAAGUAGCAUAAAUCUAAUGUUUUCACGAAGCAUCCCAUGUAAAGAAGUCCUAAGCAUCCAUGAUAUGGCUACUAAAGUCUAAAUGCAUAGCAUGUAGAGUGUUCAAAAGUUGUGUACAACAUAAAGAACCCAAAAACAAUUUUAGUAGAAGUUUCGGAGGUGGUGUCAUCUAGAUUAGAACUACAUUCCAUCUGGCCAAAGUCUAAACGACGGCGCAUUUGAGGUUCUAGUGCUGGUGGACUUGCUGAAGAGAGGCAGCUAAAGAGGAUCAGAACUGGAUGUUAGGUAGGUAUCUUGAUUAGCAGUGGGGUGGAAAACAUUUGUGAACUUUCUGAAAUUGUAGGUGGUGGAGAAUCAAGAACAACUAUAUCAUUUGGGUCUAUGGCCUUUAAUGAAAUGUUGGUUUGGAGCUGUCCGAUUUGUGGCUGGAUUUCUUGUGUUGGAAGUGGUUUGACCAAAAUUGAUUUUAACACCCACUUUAGAACUCCGUUCUUUGAUAGCGCAGUUAUGGGGCCCACUUCAGUACAUAUUGGUCUAUCUUUGAAUGAGCUUGCUAUCUCUUCAUAAGAAGUAAUCUUUUCUCGUUAAUGGCAAAACAUAUUAAUAAUUCUGGUUAUUUUUAUUAACCCCUUUUAUCUCAUUCACUUAUUUCUUCUAUGAAGCUCGAGAGCUCGAGUUAAAUUCAUUGGUAAAGUUCUUCAAUUUGUUAAGGUUCCAAUCUUAAACUAUGGCGGUAUUAAUAUGUAAAUAUAGCAAUUAUGAGUUAGUAUCGUUGCUAUUUCAACUGUUUACAAUGCUAGUUAACUACUCUUCUUUGUUAUAGGAGUAUAGAUUCCCAUCUACCAGUACAUUUAACAUGAGAUUUGUCCUCCAAGUCACGCUAGAAUGAUGGCCUUUCUGACCAGCCUUUGGUAGUUAAUUCACUCCCAAUUUCAAAGGGAAUUAUUCCCGACGAUGAAGUUCCUGACAUGUUGUGUUUUCGGGCAAUUUCAUGGCGGAUUGCAUUGUUGUAUAGGCCUUUUCACCUGUGCGAAGUGUAUCUUAGUUAAGAAGAUCCCUACGACCUUUGUCCAAAGAGUCAUCAAUUCCAGCGGGAAAUUGAUAAAGUCCUUGUCCUUGGAUCAUCCCAUUGAAGGUGGUGAUAUCCUGGGGCGAAGCUACAUUGGGGCCAGGGGAAGCCCGACCCUCCUUGCUGAAAAUGCGAUUAUUGUAUUUUUAGCUUUGGCCCCUUUACUAAAAUAUGAA